AGAGAUGUCAAGAAAAGUACCUGCCCCCUCUCCCGUCAAAUCGGUGCUGUUCUUCCUCCUCGGUGCUCUCUACCCGCGUCCCAAAGCAGAAAGUUUGCAGGCAAAGUCCCCAUUCCCAGUCUAUCCCUCCUCUUCCCAGAACAUCCCAUCAUGCAAUCCAUCUUGUCUCUAUUCCCUUUGCUAAUCCUCCAUGCUCUGCUUCUAGCUCCGACCAAAACUUAUUCCCAGAAUGACCCCAUCCUCACCUAUUGCGCCGGCGACACCAAUUACACCGUCCCCAGCACCUUCUCCUCCAACCUCGACCUCCUCCUCUCCAACCUCACCUCUUCUCCCAGCGACGCCGGCUACUUCGCCACCGCCACCGCCGGCGCCGCCUCCUCCGCACCCACCUACGGACUCGCCCAGUGCCGACCCGACGCCUCCGCCUUCAAGUGUUCCACCUGCCUCAACCGCUCCGCCUCCGCCGCCGCCACCCGCUGCCCCCAUCGCAAGUCGGCCGCAAUCCGCUUCGACCUCUGCAUCCUCCGUUACUCCGACCAACGCUUCUUUGGCCAGCUCGAAGACGAACCGACCCAGAUGCUUGUCAAUGGCGCUAACGCGUCUGAUCCAACGGUGUUCGAUCGGGAGAUGAGGGAUCUGAUGGACGAGAUCGCGUCGCAAGCGGCGGGGAGGGAGUCGAAGUUUGGGGUGGGGAUCACGAAUAACACCGAUUCUGGGGAUAUAUACGGGAUGGCACAGUGUACUCGUGAUCUAUCGGAGACGGAUUGCUCCACGUGUCUCGAUCAGGCGGUCGGUCUUUUGCCUACCGGGAGUAUCGGAGGACAGGUCGUGAAGGUGAGUUGUGCCGUUAGAUUUGAGAUCUAUCCCUUUUUCUCCCUGUCGUUGGUCCCUCCGCCGCCGCCGCCGCCGCCGCCGCCGCCGCCGCAGGGAUCGAGUUCUUCGCUGGACGGUGGGAAUGGCACUGACACGACCGCUGAUGGGAAAAGUAACAACACUACAAAAGUAGUUCUAAUUGUUGCCAUCUCUGUCGUUGCUGUACUGGUGGUCCUUUUCGCCAUCUGUUUGUGCUUACGAAGAAGGAAAGUGUUUAGAAGAGAACAAUUUGAGAUUGCUCUGUCCGUAACUGGUGGAGAUGAGGAAGGGUUCAGAAGUUCAGAAUCAUUAUUAUUUGAUUUGGGUGCCCUUAGAGCUGCCACAAAUAACUUCUCAAAUGCAAAUAAGCUUGGAGAAGGUGGGUUCGGACCAGUUUACAAGGGGACUCUGCGGGAUGGACGAGAAAUAGCUGUGAAAAGGCUCUCAGGAAGUUCAGUGCAAGGACUAGUAGAGCUAAGAAAUGAGCUGGUUUUGGUUGCCAAGCUUCAACAUAGAAACCUUGUGAAGUUGUUGGGUUGUUGCCUCGAGGAACAAGAGAGGUUACUUGUCUAUGAGUACCUUCCAAAUACAAGCCUUGACAAAUUUUUAUUCGACCCUAUUGGACGACAACAACUCGACUGGGGAAGCCGAUACAAGAUAAUUGAAGGGAUGGGCCGCGGGCUUCUCUAUCUUCAUGUGGAUUCUCGAUUAAGGAUUAUUCAUCGGGAUCUAAAACCAGGUAAUAUCUUGCUGGAUGGGGACAUGAACCCUAAAAUUUCGGACUUCGGUCUUGCAAAGCUUUUCAGCAGAGAUGAGACCCAUGGAAACACUAGUCGAAUUGCCGGAACAUAUGGGUAUAUGGCACCAGAAUAUGCCAUGCAUGGACACUUCUCCACCAAAUCAGAUGUUUUCAGUUAUGGCGUGCUAGUUUUGGAGAUUGUGACUGGCCGGAGGAAUAGUGGAUUCCAGGGAUCUGGGAAUUCUAUAGACCUUCUUGGCUAUGUCUGGCAGCACUGGAAUGAAGGAAUGGCAACACAGGUGAUCGACCGAAGUCUAGGUAAUCAGUAUCAAGCCCGAGAAGUAUUGAGGUGCAUUCAAAUUGGGCUACUCUGCGUCCAGGAAGAACCGGGAGAGAGACCCAGCAUGGCAUCAGUCAUUCUCAUGCUGAGUAGUUACUCUGUCACUGUUCCACCUCCAUCACCACCAGCCUUCUUUGUAAGUAGUGGUACAGUCACAGAGUCAGAGGUGUUCGAGAGGAACGUGAGGACUAGUUUAUCGGGAGGUGAGAGCUCCGGUGGAAGCACAACAAGAGAAUCAAGGAGAAGGACAGGGAAAUCAAAGCUAGUCUCAUUGAAUGAUGUCUCAAUCACUGAGAUGGAGCCGCGGUAGAUGUGUGAGAUUGAUAGAUCAAAGUGCAUCUUUGAACAUUAGUUGAUGUUAAUAUUUUUUGUGAACAAUACGGAUACCAAUUUAUCUAUCAACUGUGUUGUAUGAUAGAUAUGGUAUGUUCUGGAUAUCAACCAGAUAAUGGCAUGAUAUUGGAAGUCUGUGGGAACCUUAUAGAUGGCAGCUUGGAACCUGAUUUGUUAUCCAUUGAGAAGUAAUAAAUGGGGAGUAACGUCUUCCAAGCAUUAUACAGUUUGAUGGGCAACCUAAUGUUAUCUGGACUAUAUUUGGUACAGCCCCUGCUAUUUAUGUUCGAAAAA